UCCGCAUCUUUUCCUUGUUCCACAACCUUCGAUUCUAAAUACACUCCAAUCCAUUGACUGCUUGAAUUAAAAUGGCCGUCAAAGUCGGUAUCAACGGGUACGUUGUUUGGUUGAAAGUUUUAGAGAUGGUUCGCGAUUAAACGAUUUCCGUGUCUUUUAUUCUACGAUGAUUGCAGUUUCGGUCGUAUCGGCCGUAUCGUGCUCAGAAAUGCUUUGUUGAACCCUGAAGUCAACGUUGUUGCAGUCAACGAGUGCGUAGUCUCAUCAUACUAGGCAUCGUAAAAGGAAUUCAUUUUCCACAGCCCUUUCAUUGCUCUUGAGUACAUGGUCUACAUGUUCAAGUAUGACUCCGUCCACGGACGUUUCAAAGGCACUGUCGAGACUAAGGGCGGCAAGCUCAUCGUCGACGGAAAGGAAAUUUCCGUCUUCGGUGAGAAGGAUGCUGGUGCUAUUCCUUGGAGCUCUGUCGGUGCAGAGUACAUAGUCGAGUCUACCGGUGUCUUCACCACGAUUGAAAAGGCCUCUGCUCACUUGAAGGGUGGUGCCAAGAAAGUCAUCAUCUCUGCUCCUUCCGCUGAUGCACCUAUGUACGUUUGUGGUGUCAAUCUCGACUCUUAUGACUCGCAACAUGCUGUUAUCUCCAAUGCUUCUUGCACGACGAACUGCCUCGCACCUCUCGCCAAGGUUAUCCACGACAAAUUCGGUAUCGUCGAGGCUCUGAUGACUACCGUCCAUGCCACUACCGCUACUCAGAAGACUGUUGAUGGUCCUUCGAACAAAGAUUGGCGUGGCGGUCGUUCUGUCAACGGAAACAUCAUCCCUUCUUCAACUGGUGCUGCUAAGGCUGUUGGAAAGGUUAUUCCUUCGCUCAACGGAAAGUUGACCGGUCUUGCCUUCCGUGUUCCUACCCUCGACGUUUCGGUAGUCGACCUUGUUUGCCGUACCGAAAAGAGUGCAACCUACGACGAGAUCAAGGCUGCUGUCAAAGAAGCCUCCGAGGGUCCUCUCAAGGGUAUCUUAGGCUACACUGAGGACCAUGUUGUUUCCACCGACUUCAUUGGGGACAACCACUCUUCGAUCUUCGAUGCUACCGCCGGAAUCCAGCUCAACAAGAACUUUGUCAAGUUGAUCGCUUGGUACGACAACGAGUGGGGUUACUCUGGAAGAGUUGUUGAUCUCUUGGUGUUUGCUGCCAAGAAGGAUGGUGCUCUCUAAGCGAAAGGGCUAUGCAUCUCGAAACUGCCACAAUGUUUAAAAGUGUAGACGAUUACUGUAAAACGCAAGUAUUUUAUAGACGCUUAUCGAUCAGCUCAUCGAUAAGGAGGAAAAAAAGGCUCAAAUCCCGUUGUACUUACCUACAUUAUUGUUAGCUCUCAAUUGGAAUUCCAUGUAU